AUGACUACAAAUGCUUUAAUACUGGGGUUCAACUCACCUUCUGCCGUAUGUUCAGCAAGUAAUAGCAUUCUUUGUGGUGCUGGAAGUGGUGUCGUUGCCAGAAGAGGAGCUGAUUCAAUUCAAUGGGUUCCAGGUGAUGGUCGAUAUCCUGUCGGUAAACUAGCCUAUUCGCAUUCUUCACGCUUGUUAUGCGUAACAGAGGUUAGGUUAAAUGUAACUCUACUCGUGUUUCGAUACCCAGAGUAUAAUCGCGUGCAAAAAAUUGACAAUAUUGCCAAAGUGGAUGUCCAGGAUAUGUGUUUUUCACCAAAUGGUCAAAUGUUAGCUAUACUGACAUCUAUGCCUUCUUGUAUUGUUAAUCUCUUUUUUGUUCAACGUGGACGUUCUCUUGAAAAGGCUGCUUCUGUUUCACUAGAUGAUAAGUUUUGGAAACAAAUGGUAUUUCCACCUCAGCGAACAGACUGUAUUGCUGUCUUGGAGCCACAAGGGGUUGCUAUUGCUAGCCAACUCUCUUUAACAACUACUUUACCCAGUAUCAUAACACUUGCUUCACAGCAGCAUGAAUUUUGUUCCUUUUCAUGGACACCUUCUGGUGUGGUAUGUGGGACAAAAGGGGGAUCUCUUGUUAUUUUUGAUGAACUAAAGAUGGAAAUGCAAGAUUAUUUGACUUGUCCAACAACUGCUUCGGUAACCUCCAUACUUGGUACACCCAUGCUUCUAUUACUAGGGACUGAAGAAGGUUCAGUCUUUGGAUACAACACGAAUACGAAGGAGUUACAACUACUUUUACAGGUUAACCAUUUCAUUGAGAGAAUGUCGCUAUCUGAGAAUGGAUUCGAUACGCUGGUUGUUAGUAAAGCUGAUGUAAGAAAGUUAGAUUUGAGGACAUCAUCUUCUACUCUCAUUCGGGCUCGUAACACCGGUGACACUGUGAAAAUCAUGACCCUUGAAAACUUGGUUGUGAUGGUCUGCGCUGAUGGUACCUUGGCAAGAUAUGAAGCAGAUACCAAUACUGUAACACGAUUUGUUACUGAUUUCAAUGACAGAGCUGAAGAUGCUUGUGCAUUGCAGUCUUCAGUGGUUGUAGUAUUUCACAGUGGAUGUGUUCGUUGUUUUACUUCGAAACCUGAGUUCAAACUUUCUUCCCAUAUAAAACUCGGUUCUAUACCUCUUUCUCUUUGUGCAUCCGAUGGAGACUCAUCAUUGGUUGUAACCGAUGGUAAUACAAUUCAUCUUCUUACUGUGAAAAAUGAUCUUCUUUACUUUCAAAGUUCUGUGGAUACCUUUACCAGUAAGGUGACAAACCUUCGCUGGAUCCUAGGGAAUGAUCGAUCGGUACUGGCCGCUUGCGUGAAUGGAGAGGUGCAGCUUGUUCGAUGCUUUGACGGUAAUGAUCUACAACCUUCUACAUUACUUGUAGAGACAAUUUGGAGACUUGAUUACCCUGUUCGUGAUAUACUUCCACUUUACUUUGAUGAAGAGGUGGUGAACAUUUUAGUUCACUCAUUAGACAAAGAAACGAAGCUAUAUGUUUUAGAACGUCGUCGAGAGAGAGAAGUAAAGUCUUUACGUCCUUUAUUUUUGAUGCGUGAUCAUGAAAGUGGUGGUACUACUAUUGAACGGUUUGGAAAUACAGCUGUAAUAUCAGGUGGUAGUGAUGGUAAAGUAGUUAUAAGAGACGUUUCACAUUAUCAAUCAAAGCUUACACCUAUACCCCCAUCAAAGGAAAAAAGGAGACCAUUACAAGAAAUUCUUUUGCGACCUUUUGGUAAAAGAGGGAUAGUUUCUAUAUCUGUAUGGAAUGAAGAGGAAGGUUUUGUUUGUGCCGGUGAGGAUACUGUGGUGCAUCUAAUUCCUCAAAGUGGAACUAUUAACUAUUCUUGGACGGAACCAGAGUGGCACGAAGAAAGACCUCCAAGUCCUCCAAAGGAAGUGAAGACUAUACCAAGGGAUGAUGCUGUGAUGGCAGAAGAGUCAAAACGCAAAAUAUUAUCUUCAUUGACUGAAUUGAGAACGGAUAUUAACAAGUUACUGGUUGAGAAAACUUCUGCUGUGAAUAUUGAAGAAUUUCUUUUACCUGAUCAGAGAGAAUCUUUUAUUGCAGAGUGUGAUUUAGCAAUUCAGCAGGCUAAAGAGGAUGAUUAUUAUCAUUUAUUACAUAAUGAAUUUACACAGUAUAAGAUUCGACGCGAAUGCUGGGAUACGAUGGAGAUUCAACGGACAAAAAUUGUUACCUUGAACAAACCUAUACUAGAAGUUCACAACUUUCAUCGUCGCAAAACCAACCCUGAGGCGGUGGGACUGUUGAAAAAGGUAAAAUUUUUAAGAAUGCUUCAAAUCAAAGCAGGUGACUACUUUACAUUUUCAUCCCAGGUUAAACACCCUGAAAGUAAACCUCAAAUGACACAACUUGAGACAGAUCUCAACGAUGAUACUACAGAAUUACUUUACGAUCCCAUCGACGUAUAUACAAACUCACGUGCAACUAUUCAAAUGAUCUUGCUUAAUGGAAGAAUCUCCAAAGUUAAGGAAACAUUUAACGUUAUCUUUGAUAAUUUAAAAGAGAAAAAGAAUAGUGAAUUAACUCGUAUUCAAGAAAGAAAUGAUCGUUGUAAACGUAUUAUGCGACAACUUGGAGAGCCAAUAUCUGAUGAUCUGCUUUUUACACCCUAUUUUGACAAGGAGGAAGAUCCUUCAAGUGUAUUUGAGGUUUUUGAUUCCGAAAUAGACCCCGAGUUGCUUAAACUGGCUAAGAAAGAAGAUAACUCGGCAUACGCUAUUUCUUCUUCAGAUGAAGCUGCGUUGAAAACCUGGAUGGAUGGUCUGGAAAAAGAUAUUGAAGUAAUCGCAGUUAAAGUUCCACUGCCUGCUUUUGCUGAUGAGUCCUUAGAGCAGUAUGUACCACCUGAUGAGAGAACGGAUGAACAAAUAAAGAUAUAUGAAGAAUAUGAAAAGGAGCUUGCUGAACAAACGGCGAAUGUAAAUGAACGAAAAGAGGCCUUGCGCAAGGAAAUGAAAGACCUAAUGAAAGCCAACGUAGAUGGUGCAAAUAGGAUAAAUGAAGAGAUUUCCUCGUUAGGAAAACGACGAAUGGAUGCGGCCCAAUUAGUAGAUGAAUUGGAAUCACAUCAAGUGAAUGCACUGCAAAGACUUCUUCUUGAACCAACAAUUUGUAAUGAACUAUUGGCGGUAAUAAAAGAAAAAACAGAGCUUGAAGGUCGCCUAAAACAACUACAGAGUCUUGAGGCAUAUAAGAAAAAGUUACUUUCAAUUGAAGAGUUAAACUUACAAAAGUCUAUAGAGGAUGAAAAGACGCUUGCGACAGAGAUGCACAAUUCCCCUCCAUUUAAUGACACUGAAUUUGGCGACAGACUUUAUAGGCGUUUUACAAAAUGGCGAAGCAAGUAUGAGGAAGGUUUAGCAGUGGUUCCACAGGUUGGUCAACAUGAGCAUUUUCCGGAGGCUCUUUGGGAACUAUAUUGUAAAUGUUGCUCGAAAAUUGUGGAAGCUAAGGAUGUAAUUUCCCGUAAUACGGCUACUGUUUGCUCUUUUACUGAACUUUUAAAAGAUGUAGAGACGGAGAUGGUAAAAGUACAAAACGAAGUCGAAGAGAAAGAGGCUGCUGAAGAUGCUUGUAGAGACAAUGCAAUCCGUAGGAUUCUUAAUGUACAAAACCUUUAUUCUUUGAGACAAGGACAGGUACAAGAUGAAGACGCCGUGGUUGGCGCUGACUUUGUAACCUUUUCUUUCAGAUGGGCAAGUGACAUUCUGAAUUACAAUAGUCUCGUUUUUUCGAGCUUUGAUGAACUUCGACGUCUUAUGACUAAAAUAUCACAGCAACGCCAGGCGAUGAAAAUGUGCGCUUGGGAGACUGAACGCUUACAAUACUGUGUCGGGACUUUAGAGAUGGAACUUCGACAGCUACACACCUUACGGGUAACCAGACAGAUGCAAGAUAUUAUUCAUACUGGUGUCGCCUCCUCCGGUGAGGAUGAGCUUGAAAAGUUGAAUCGACGAAUUGAGUACGUUAGACAAGUUAUGUCCAAAAAGAUAGAGGAGCGGAACAGAGUAAUAGCGAGGUUAAAACUUCAGAUCAACGAUAGAAAUGUUGAAAAUAAACUUCUGGAUACUGAAGUUCAACAAAUCAAAAGUAUCGUUGAUGACAAAAAGGCUGUAUGGACCAUGUUAGGUGAGCACAACAAUGAAGAAGAUAGACUACGUCAAAGAAUGAGAGAAUUGUAUGAAAACAGUGAAUUAGAGGAGUUGGCACGAUCUCAGCAGGAGGAAUUGGUGCGACUGAAGCGUGAGAUUGACCGCCUCCGAGAACGUACAUUUCCUUCUUUUGCAGUUGUUUCAAAGAAGACCGUUAGCUAA